AUGUGCCGGCGCCCGCCGCGGGGUGGGGCGGGGAGAGGCGGAGGCACGUCCCCGCCGCCCGGGGAGGCGGAGGGCGAGGAGGCCUCUGUGCUAGCCCUGCGGCGCGCUCCCAGCUCGGCGCGGCGGGAGGCUCGAGCCCCGGGCUCCCUGCAGCAGCGGCGCCACCAGCAGGGAAAAGUGACGGUGAAAUACGAUCGGAAAGAGCUCCGGAAGCGGCUGGUGCUGGAGGAGUGGAUCGUGGAGCAGCUGGGUCAGCUGUACGGCUGCGAGGAAGAAGAGAUGCCCAAUGUGGAGAUCGAUAUUGACGACCUGCUGGAUGCCGACAGCGAGGAGGCCAGAGCUUCAAAACUACAGGAAGCGCUCGUAGACUGCUACAAACCAACAGAGGAAUUUAUCAAAGAGCUGCUCGCUCGAAUUCGAGGCAUGAGGAAGCUGAGCCCUCCGCAGAAGAAGGGUGUAUGAGUGUGGCCCAGGAGGACGCCCUCCCGGAGAUGAAGAUGGAGCCUGGGGCUUGGACGACAAGACGACAUUUAUUAAAGGAUAGAUGUCCUUGUGAACAGCUUUUUUGUUUUCCUAGGGUGGGGGGAAGGAUUGUAGUAGACAUUUAUUCCAGAGCGUUCCUUUGCUGUUUUUAAAGGUUUCUGUUAGUGUAGUGUUUUAAUAGCGAAGAUCUCCCAUCUCUGGCUGCAGUUUGACCGAGGCCCGUUACUGCAGGUGGAUGACCAGACGGGCUCCAGCAGGCAGUGGUUUCUGCGAAGCUCCCGAUAUUUAGGACCUUAUUCUACCGGGCGGGUGAUUUUCUUACAACUAGCUUGGUAAGACUCCCCUCUCCGCCCCCUGAAGCUGUACCGUGUGACUCCAGUGUCACAUUUCUCGUGUAGAUUUGCAGACACCCAAGUUAAACUGGAGAGGUGAGUUUCAUUUCCCACUGGUGGGUCAGACUUGGGGUGGUCCUUUCUUUGAAGGCCACAAUGGCCACUAGACACUCUUGCCACGCAUCUGCUGACCUUCCAGGUGUCCUAGGUGGCCCAAAGGGAAGCGUUUGCAGGGUGGCUGUCCUGUUGAUGACCAUGCUCCAAAAUGGUGCGAGCUGGUCCAGGGCUGACUGCAUGGACGGCUGAUGAGUUCCUUGGCCUAAAUGGCUCGCUGGUGGUCUUCUAAGUGUUGUCUGGACCCUGAAUUUGAAGAACCCCUUGGGUUGCUAGAGAGGUCCCCACUCUCUGUGUGGCGUGUUGUUGUGGGAAUGGGAAGCCCUUGCCACCCCAUAUGUUGUGGAUUCUCUCCAUGGAAGCAGGUCAGGAGGAAGGCAGCAGAGUAAGAAUCUUCCUCCAUAGGAGAAGAUCCAGGCUCUUCUUGUACUUGGGCAGCAUCAGACCAGAGUGGGGGUGAAUUGAGUGUUGUAGAGGAUGUGGAGGUGGGUAUGGGGCACUGUGCCCACCCCAUCCUCCACCCUCCACUUCCCAAUGGAGGAAGCCUCACCAUCCCUCCAGAUGAUUGAUCACAUGGGCAUUUGCUGGUCUUGAUGCUAGUAAUGGGUGUGGUAGGACCCAGGGUGGUUGGUAGGGGGCAGGGGGUGGGGCUGCCUGACCCUGAUUGCACACCUCACCCCACUUAUCUGGAGUUGUUAAGUCUGGGCACCUGCCUCCGCAGCUCCACACCAGCUCCUUGGAGAAGGAUUCAAGUCCAGAUGGGAUAUGGGUGGGGUGACAGGUAGGAGCAAAUACCCUAUGCACCAUCCAGGAGGCUCCAGGCCUCCCCACAGAGACCCCACCUGCCAGGGACUGUUUCCAGGUGGCCCUGUCAGAGAGGGCGGGGGCCAGGCAUUUUAUACCAAGGGUGCUCUGAACAUAUUUUAUUUUUUAAAAGAACUCUGUUUGUGGAUUUUACGUAUACUGGCAGGCUUUGGAAAAUGUAUUUACUUUUGUAAUGUUUACCAAUGAUUUAUUUACAAGCUAUUUACUCAAAUAAAUGGAGUUACGUACAA